AUGUAUCUCGCACGGUUAAAAAUACGUCAUCAAUACGUGCUCCUGAUAUGCCUUCUAUUUUGGCUAAGCGCCGAAUCGUUGGCUUCAAGUUGUUGCAAAGAAGGCGAAACCCAGGAAGAUCCCAUUGAUUGCCUCAGCUACUAUGUCUGCUGCAGCGGAGUCUUUGUUCACAAGACUUGCGGAAGCGGAAACUAUUGGAAUUCGACAGUAGAAUCAUGUCAACCGAAUAACGGCCAGUGUUGCCCCGGUGCAGGCGAGUGCACGGAAAACGAACUACAUGUCGAUCCGCAAGAUUGUGCCGCCUAUUACCUGUGUGUUAUGGGUCAAUUUGUGAGACAAAAGUGUGCAAGCGGUGCUUACUUUGAUACCACAAUCAAGGCUUGUGUUGUCGAUACCGAAGGGUAUCACCUUUUAAUUGCAAUGGCACUUGUCAUUGGAGCUCUGGCUGACGAUUGCUGUCAAAGUGGAGACACCAAGGCGGAUGAAGAUGACUGCACCAAGUAUUAUGCCUGCUGUACUGGCCAAUUCGUUCACAAGUCUUGCCCCAGCGGAGAAUACUGGAACUCACAGAGCGCCAGUUGUGAAACAGACAAUGGCCAGUGCGUUCCCUGCACAUGUACCGAGGGAGAGACCCAGUCAGACCCAGAAGACUGCACCAAAUAUCUGAUCUGCAAGAACGGAGAGUUCGUAUCCGCCUCCUGCGAUAGCGGUGACUACUGGAACUCCGAUAGCGACAAGUGUGAGAAGGAUAACGGCCAAUGCAUUCCCUGCACAUGCACCGAGGGAGAGACCCAGUCAGACCCAGAAGACUGCACUAAAUAUCUGAUCUGCAAGAACGGCGCGUUUGUAUCCGCUUCCUGUGAUAGCGGAGACUACUGGAACUCCCAGAGCGGCAAGUGUGAGAAGGAUAACGGCCAAUGCAUUCCCUGCACAUGCACAGAGGGAGAGACUCAGUCGGACUCCACAGACUGCACUAAAUAUCUAAUCUGCAAGAACGGCGCGUUUGUAUCCGCUUCCUGCGAUAGUGGAGACUACUGGAACUCCCAGAUCGGCAAGUGUGAGAAGGAUAACGGCCAGUGCGUUCCUCAAACAUGUACAGAUGGAGAGACUAAAGCGAACCCAACAGACUGCACUAAAUAUCAGGUGUGCAAGGACGGAGUAUUUGUGUCGGCGUCCUGCGAUAGCGGAGACUAUUGGAACUCCGAUAGCGGCAAGUGUGAGAAGGAUAAUGGCCAAUGCGUUCCAACCACAUGCACAGAUGGCGAAAUUGAAGUUAAUCCUGCUGAUUGUGCCGGAUACUUUGAGUGUGUGGGUGGCACGAUGGUCAGAAGGAAGUGCGCGAGCCAGACCUAUUUCGAUACGAACCUAAAGGCUUGUGUUAUCGACACUGAGGGCGUGUGCAUUCCCAAGGUUUGCGAUCCCGAGUGCUGUGAUGUUCCCAAUGAUUGGAUCGGUCCCGUCGAUAAGAACUGCUCCGCAUUCAUUUACUGCCUCUACGGCCACAUGAUCCUGCAAACCUGUCCAAAUAAUCUGCAGUUCAAUAAUCUAACAAAGCAAUGCGACUAUCCCGAUGUAGUCCAAUGCGACGAUGGCAGUCCCCCACCCAGCGGACCCACAGCCGGCCCCUCAGGCACCUACUGCGAGAGCGGAGGUCGCUGUGUUGGUCAACGCGAUGGUACCAUGUUCGCCGUUGACAACAGCGGAGGCUACAUUGUUUGCCAGUGCGAGUGUGAGAUUAACUUUACGUGCUCGCCUGGCCUGGUUUUCAACGAGCAGAUCCGUUCGUGCGACUGGCCUGCUAAACGCUAA